AUGCCGCGCCGGCCCCGGCACGCCCACUCGCCGCUGCGCAUCCUCACGCAGAUCGUGACGCUGCAGCUGCUCUACUACCUCUGCGUGACGGGCCUGCUGCUCUUCGCGGCGCUGACGGCCGGGCGGCCCUUCUCGCCGGACCUGGUGCUCGGCUGGCGCGGCCUGCGGGGGGACACGGCGGGCGGGUGGACGCUGGGCGUGUGUUGGCUCGGGGGCAGUCUGUGCGGCGUCAUCCUCCUCGCCCUCGUCGUCGCGCGCUCCAAGCUCGUCCCCGACUUCGCCCUCACGCUGCACGCGGUCCACCUGCUCGCCACGUCGCUCUACUCGCGGUCCGUGCCGGCCAACGGGCUCUGGUGGGCCCUGCAGGCCGCGAGCGCCGGCCUCAUGGUCGCGGGCGGGGUCUGGGGCUGUCGGUGGCGGGAGCUGCGGCCGAUUUCGUUCGGUGGUGGUGGUGGUGGUGCUGGUGCUGGUGCUGGAGGGAAGGUGGGGGGGGACCCGGGGGGGGGAGGGGAGUAUGAGAUGCUUGCUACGGUGGAGGAGGGGGGUGGGGGGGAGGGAGAGGGGAGGGCGUGA